GUUGAGUUUCAUAAAAACACGACGAAAAUGCCGCUUUCAAUCUGAAGCCUAACAAAACAUGUUAACAUGGCGGCUUGCAUGAGUGAAAACGGUUCAGAGAGAAAACUUGAAUUCUUUCUAAAGGUCCCUUUUCCAUCCGAGAGAGAGGCAACUAUCGCCCUGCAGUCUCUAUCUCCUGAUCCUGAGCCCAGGAAAGGAGGAAUCACUAAAAACCUGGAUUUAUCAGGACAAACACUGUCUGUGAGAUGGACUGCAGAUGAAGCCCGUAUUCUUCGUGUUUCUGUAAGUUCAUUCUUGGACCAUUUGUCUCUAGUGAUGGAAACUAUGGAUGCAUUUGGACCGCCUGUUUCACAGUGACACUCUGAGAGGCAAAUUCAAGCAUAAGAGGAGAAAUGUGGAUGUCAGAUGCUGUUUGCACUGUUAUGCGGAUGUCCAAGAGAAACUUCAUCUGCUGUGUGUUCAGUAUGGACUGCGAGGACUCAAAAAAAAAAAAAAAAAAAUGCAUAAAUAAUUUGCUUUUGCUGUUUGAGAAGUGCAGCACUUCAUAAUGUCUUAAGUCAAUUGUUUUGAGUCGUGUUAAAGGAAUAGUUUACUCAAAAAUGAAACCGAACUGAAAAAUUAGGCCGUCCAAGAUGUAGGUGAGAAAUGUAGCAUUCCAUCACUUGCUCACCAAUGGAUCCUCUGCAGUGAAUGUGUGCCGUCAGAGUCCAAACAGCUGAUAAAAACAUCACAAUAAUCCACACACCACUCCAGCCCAUCAGUUAACGAAAUGUGAAGCAAAAAACAGUUUGUAAGAACCUAAUCCAUAAUAUUGUUCUCUCCAAUGAAAAAGUUGUCUCAUCUGAAUCAUGAUAGAAAUAUGCACAGAUCAGUUUACAAGCAAAAACAGUUCUAAAGAAAUAUGUUGAUGAAUUUUGAUGCAAGAGGACAAAACAGGGACAGUUAAUUAGAUUAUUGUGAUGUUUUUAAUAAGCUGUUUUGACUCUCAUUCUGACGGCACCCAUUCACUGCAGAGGAUCCACAGGUGAGCAAGUGAUGCAAUGCUACAUUUGAAAAUUAAAUCUGUUCUGAUGACUAAACAAAGUCAUCUUGGAUGGCUUGAGAGUGAGUAACGUUCUAAGAAAACUUCAUUUUUGGGUGAACUGUUCUUUCAAAGCUUAUCAGUGUAACAGAAGCCAAAACACACAAGAUCCAGUGUUUUGUCAUUUGAAUAAAGAUUUAUUAAUGGAG